AUGCCGUGGAAGCCGUACACGGCCUUUGCGACCCUUGCAGACUGUUUGUGGCUUCUGUGGGAGUCUGCGCUUUGUGGCGAGCCCUUGAUGAUUUUUUCCCCGGAUUAUCCGACCAAGGUUGCCGAAGCUGUCCUUGCCGUGGCAUCACUCGUUUCUCCAGUUGAGUACAGCGGAGAUUUCCGUCCAUACUUCACGAUUUAUGACGGAGAUUUCGAGCACUACCGUCAACAUGUGCAGAGCAACGGAGCCUCAUCCAAGGCUGUCGUGUUUGGUGUGACAAACCCGGUAAUGCUGCAGUUGCUGGCCGACUUUCCGAUUUCUGUGUUGCUGCAGCCUCGCCAUCGUGAGGAUGCGAGCACCCAGUCUACGCUUCCAGCCCCAGCAGCUUCACAAGAAGUUCUGGUGGAAUCUCCUACUGGGGACAGGCUGCAGCGAGCUCGCCGUGUCCCUGGGAGCGGUCGUGGAUAUGCACAGCCAGAACUGCCUCAGACUGGCCUGGGGGUGCUCGAUGCCGAUGCGGAGCUGCUGCAGCGCAUCAAGGCAUCGGAUUGUGUCGACCAGGAUGACACAGUCCUUCGUUACUUCUAUGAGCUAACGUUGGCAUUCCUUCGUCCGUUUCUACCUCACCUCGAAGCUUUGACAACAGGAGCUGCAGGAGGUGCAACGUUCGAUGUGAGCUCUUUCCUUGCAUCUUUGCAGCCUGUCGGUCCCUUCUCACAAAUCUCGCGAAAUGAUUGCCAGAACCUGUACUCUCGCUUCAUCCGGGGAGUGAAUUUCAAGCCCUGGCUUGCCAAGCAAGUUUCGACAUUCCCCCGGCGGUGUGAGGACGCCAGCCCGGCAGAUGCUGUGAUGGCAGGUGGCCUUCCGCUGUAG